UGCAAUCUUACUACUAGUACACAUUUUGAACCUCAAGUCAAUCUUCAAUUCUCAGCACACUCCACAAUACCAGAUUCUAAUCUAGACCCGCUCAAAAUUGUUGCAACCCAGUUGUCAGAAUGCCCUAAUUUGCAGCAACUGAACCAAAUACAUGCCAAAAUCAUCCGAACCCACUUGUUAGAAUUGAAUCCACAUCCGUUUCAUUGGAACAACAUCAUGAGAUCCUAUGUCAGGCUCGAAAUCCAUUACAUGGCCCUCCGGGUUUUUAUUGUCAUGUCACGAGCUGGUGUCUUCCCUGAUUCUUACACAAUUCCUCUUGUCUUAAAGGCUGCCUGCCAUGUUUUUGCCAUCGACGCCGGUCAUCAGCUUCAUUCGGUUGCUAUUGUUCAUGGGCUUGAGUUGAAUGAGUUCUGUGAGAGUGGUUUGAUCAGUUUGUAUUGCAAAGCUGGGGAUCUUAUGCAUGCACAAAGAGUAUUUGAACAAAAUCCUGAGAGGAAAUUGGGUUCUUGGAAUGCCAUUAUAGGAGGUCUAGCUCAAGGAGGACAUGCCAAGGAAGCCAUAGAUAUGUUCAUGGAGUUAAGGAAAUGUGGGCUUCGUCCAGAUGAUGUGACCAUGGUUAGCAUAACAUCUGCCUGUGGAAGUCUAGGGGACUUGAACUUAGCUCUUCAGUUGCAUAAAUGUGUCUUUCAAUCUAAAACCAUAGGGAAACCAGAUAUUCUGAUGCUGAAUUCACUUAUUGAUGUAUAUGGAAAAUGCGGUCGAAUGGACCUCGCUUAUAAGGUCUUUGCAGGCAUGGCACAACGUAAUGUGUCUACCUGGACAUCAAUGAUCAUGGGUUAUGCAAUGCAUGGUCAUGCAUAUGAUGCGCUUGAGUGCUUCAAUUACAUGAGAGCAGCAGGGGUGAUUCCUAAUCAUGUGACAUUUGUUGGGGUUCUAAGUGCUUGUGUGCAUGGAGGAAUGGUAGAAAAUGGGAGACAGUACUUUGAUAUGAUGAGAACAUAUGGCAUCAUGCCCAUGCUGCAACAUUAUGGGUGCAUGGUGGAUCUACUUGGACGUGCAGGAUUACUUGAAGAAGCUAGGAAGAUGGUGGAAGGGAUGCCGAUAAAGGCUAACUCUGUCAUUUGGGGAGCUUUAAUGGGAGCUUGUGAGAAACACCGGAAUGUAGAGAUGGCAGAGUGGGUAGCCAGACAUCUAGUGGAACUAGAGCCUUGGAAUGACGGGGUUUAUGUUGUUUUAUCCAACAUCUAUGCUAGUGCCGGCAUGUGGGAAGAUGUUGAGAGGGUGAGAGGGGUGAUGAAGGAGAUGAGGGUUGCAAAAACUCCUGGUUAUAGCUCGACAACCAAUUCAACUUGAUCCAACAUGGGUUUACAGAGGACAUAAUUGGUCAAGCCUUUAUCCAUUUUCUUCAUAAGUUGAAGUCAGGUAUAGCCUAACCACCAAUUCAUUUCUACCCAAAAUGGGUUUUACAGAGGAGAGAGAUCACAAAAUUUGAUAAAUCCUUUCUGCAUCUCCUUGAUAAGUUGAAGCGAUCAAUCUUCUACUUCCUUAAAUAACUCCCCUUCAAAAGAAUUACUUGGAUUCAGUCCAAAAUAAGUUUCAGAUUUUUCCGGUCUUAGGAGAGCUAAACCUUACCAGUUUCCAUUGUAUCAUUCUAAACUCCAGAAUUUUAUUGAUCAGCAAUCUUUCAUAGCUAAAGAGACCGAGCAAGGAUUUAAUAGAUUUCUUAUCUUCACUUUGUACUAGAAACAGAGUUAUUUCUAGCCAUUUAACUAGACUUGUCAUGUGCAGAUAUUUUAUUGAGCAACAGGGGCGGAGGGAGACAGCUAUAGCUGGUUAUGGUUUCUGGUAAGCAGCUCAUUCAUG